AUGCGCCCGCAGCUCUGGGCUUCGUGGCUUUUCCCGCUGUUUCUGGCCGGCCUCGCCCAGCCGACCCAGAAGAUGAAGAUGGAUUGCUACAAGGGGGUGACGGGCACCAUCUAUGAGUAUGGGGCCCUCACCCUCAAUGACGAGGAGUACAUUCAGUUCAAGCACUACGCGGGCAAGCACGUCCUCUUUGUCAACGUGGCCACCUACUGAGGCUUGACAGCUCAGUAUCCAGAACUGAAUGCACUACACCAGGAGCUCAAGCCUUUUGGUGUCGUCGUGCUGGGCUUUCCCUGCAACCAAUUUGGAAAACAAGAACCAGGAAAGAACUCAGAGAUCCUUUCUGGGCUCAAGUAUGUGCGUCCAGGUGGUGGCUUUGUCCCCAAUUUUCAGCUCUUUGAGAAAGGGGAUGUGAAUGGAGAAAAAGAACAGAAGGUCUUUACUUUCCUGAAGAACUCCUGCCCUCCAACCUCUGACCUUUUGGGCUCAUCAAACCAACUCUUCUGGGAGCCCAUGAAGGUCCACGACAUCCGCUGGAACUUUGAGAAGUUCCUGGUGGGGCCUGACGGAGUCCCUGUCAUGCGCUGGUUCCACAAGGCUCCCGUCAGCACGGUCAAGUCAGACAUCCUGGAGUACCUGAAACAGUUCAAAACCGAGUAG